AUGUCUCCUCCUCCCGCAGAGUCAGGAUACAGUCUCGUCUGGUCCGACGAAUUCUCCGGCCCAGCGGGAUCGCUCCCCAAUCAAUCCAAAUGGAACAUCAUAGUAAAAGGCCCUAACCAGGGUAAUCAGGAGGUCCAGAACUACACCGCGAGCACCUCUAACUCUUCCGUCAACGGCUCCGGUGCGUUGCACAUCACCCCGCAGCACAAUAACGGUCAAUGGACUUCAGCACGUCUUGAGGGCAAGGAGGCCUUCAACUGCCCCGAUGGCCACCGCAUGCUAUUGCAAGCCGAGCUACGCACGGGAACCUUCCCUUUUGCCCAACAAUCCGGUAUUUGGCCCGCGUUCUGGGCUCUUGGCAACGAUAUUCGUAACGGGAAGAAUGUUAGUUGGCCUCAAUGCGGUGAAUGGGAUAUUAUGGAAAAUGCCCACGGCGCGAGUUUCUCCCUAGGAACUCUGCACUAUGGACGAGGAGGCACCGACCACCUUAGCAAGGGCGGUCGAACCGAGUUCGAAGUCGAAACCUUCCACACUUGGGCUAUCAAGGUCAACCGUGGACCUAGUAAUUGGCAGGAUGAGACGUUGGAGUGGUGGUUAGACGGGAAGAAAUUUUUCCAGAUCAAGGGGAGUGAUAUUGGGGAUGGUGAACUAUGGGGACGAGUGGCUCAUAAGAGUUUCUUCCCUAUCCUUAAUGUUGCUGUUGGAAGCAAUUUCCCUGGGGGUGGUCAACCCAAUGACCAAACGACUACCGGCUUAGGCAGUGGCCUUCAAGUCAAGUAUGUCGCUUUCUACAGGAGCAAUUAG